GUAGGUCUAAAACACCUCACGUCCUCGUGACGAUAAUAAAAGUGUCAUAUGAAGAUUGUGUCUGAGCAACAAGUCGUCUUUCCAUACUGAGCAGUCAUGUUGUACAAAGUGCUGGGCGUUGUUUCUCUAUGUAGUGUGUAUGUGAGCACACAAGUGUCCAGUCUACAGUGUAAGAUAGCAGGAGGCGGGGACCUCAUCCCUAUCAGAACACCAGAGUACAGAGCAUGGGUGCCGCUUGGCGAAGUUGGACUUAAUGUUAAUGACUCCAAAGUUCUCAUUUUCGCCGCCAGAUCCUGUUUUGGAGCUCAUAUUUUACUCCAGAACAAUGCCGAGGACUUCAAGAAUUCUGUUUAUGAGGUCGUCAUUGGAGGGAUGAAGAACACCCGGUCAGGAAUACGGAAAUGUGUUGGGUGUAAGUUCGACGAAUGGGUGAAGGACAAGAGUCUCAACUGCCGCUUCUUCAACUACUUUUGGAUCUCCUGGUGCGGAGAUGAGAUAUGGAUGGGACGCGGAUACAGACCCCCUCAUGAUCGCAUCCUCAGAUACAAAUACGAGAACCAACACGUCAUCAACGCAGCUAGUGUCAGGAGCGAGAGUGAUACGUUCUGGGCCCUGUAACCAUAUCGGUACUUGCUGAGUAUUUCAGAUGCUGGUACAUCUGGUAGAAAUGUUCUACACCCGUUCCAUUGCUGCAGCCUUCCCGGAACCGCGACACACAAUGGACAUCUGUGUAUAUAUAUGCCAUUUGCUGAUUUGUCGCUUCAUAUACUAAGUAAAAUAAUUAUGAAGAAAACUUAAUUGAUAUUUAUCACACAGCAACCUAUAAGACUAGAUAUAAUACGUAUUAUUUCCAAAGAAUCGGGGUGCUUUCUUAAACUGAAAACCCAAUAUGUUUUCGUCAGGAUUAACAUUGCAAAAAGCACAAUCAUAUUGAAUUUGUUUUUGUCGUAUCACCUGUGCUGUUGUGUUCAUGUGAAAUAAACUAGAUGCAAACAGGUA